GGGCAAGGAAUUUUUCCCUCAUCGCCUUUUGGUGCACGACUACCAUCUCGGAUUCCAACUCAACAACUUUAGACGACACAUCCUCUUUGUCUACUUCAUAACUUCACAUCUUUCUUCCUUCAUUUUAAUAUGACCAAUGGAAUUGUAAACGCCACCGGUCUCGAGGGCCAGUUUGCCUCUCUCGGUAUCAAUGGUACAAAAUCUGCAUAUGUUCCUCCUCACAUGAGGAGUCAGCAGCGGGCUGCGUCCACUCCCGCCGUGGUUCCUAUCAACGGUUCCUUGAGGAUGUGUACAGAAUAGGCUAUGACAAGGCAUGGGUGUGGGCUGGCAUUGGGGCGGCGGUACAGAGGGAGAUUGGGCAUCCCUCACAUACAACGUCUAAGACCCUUCGCAAUCUUCAUGACCAAGGAAGAGUGCCCUGGGUUCAUUCCGACGCUGAUCGGAUUUUACCCACAGUCCCGUUGACUGCGCUGGUGUCCAGUCGUGUCUGGUGCUUAGAAGGCAAUCACGAUGACUUUUAUGGAUUCGACAAUCAUCGAAUUCAUCACUUUGGGCAGAGAUGCCUGGUGGAGCUUUAUCAGUCUUCGAGGCUCGCAGAGAGCUCCCUGUCGCGCGUACACUUCCUCUAUGACCGGCUGGAACGACUCCCGCUCAUCCACUCCUUCUCGCGGCGGUGGUUACGGUGGAGGUAGAGGCGGUUUUGAUAGAGGCGCCGACCGAGGGGGCUACAGCGCUGGUCCCCGCGGCGGUGCAACUGGUGGAGGAUGGAGCGGCGAACGCUCUGCUUCCACCAACGGGUGGUACGGCACUGCGACUCGAGUUGACGGCCAGCCCCGCGAUACGUACGGCUUUGGUGUAUGGAAAGACGGUGUGCACCUUCCCGGAGGGCGCAACGCGCGUCUUGAGAAGGAACUGUUUGGCGAUGUGAACGAUCCUUCCAAGCAGCACACCGGCAUCAACUUUGAGAAGUAUGAUGACAUUCCGGUCGAGGCUACAGGUGCUGGUGUGCCCGACCCCAUCAUUCAAUUUACGAAUCCUCCUCUCGAUCCGGUGCUCCUUGAGAACAUCGGUUACGCUCAUUACAAUACACCGACGCCUGUUCAAAAGUAUUCGAUCCCUAUUGUGGCCGCUGGCAGAGAUCUCAUGGCUUGCGCUCAGACUGGCUCUGGCAAGACUGGUGGAUUCUUGUUCCCCAUUCUUUCGGCAUCUUUCGCUAAUGGUCCACGCGCUCCCCCUGCUGAUGCCCAGGGUGGUGGAUUCCGCACUCGCAAGGCAUACCCAACAGCGCUCAUCCUCGCGCCCACUCGUGAGCUGGUGAGCCAGAUCCACGAAGAGGCACGCAAGUUUUGCUACCGUUCGUGGGUUCGCCCCGCCGUUGUGUACGGUGGUGCAGAUAUCAACCAGCAGUUACGACAAAUCGAGCGUGGUUGUGACCUCCUGAGCGCCACCCCGGGUCGUCUUGUCGAUCUCAUUGAGCGUGGUCGAAUCAGCCUCGCGAAUAUUCGUUACCUUGUGUUGGACGAGGCUGAUCGUAUGCUUGACAUGGGUUUCGAGCCUCAGAUUCGUCGCAUUGUGCAGGGAGAGGACAUGCCAGGUGUCCAGGACCGUCAGACUCUCAUGUUUAGCGCCACUUUCCCUCGCGACAUUCAAAUGCUUGCCCGUGACUUCAUGAAGGACUACGUGUUCCUGUCUGUUGGUCGUGUCGGUUCGACUUCGGAGAACAUUACCCAGAAGGUCGAGUAUGUUGAGGAUAAUGACAAGCGCUCUGUCCUGCUUGACCUUCUUUCGGCUCAGGAGGAAACCGGCCUCACGCUCGUCUUCGUGGAGACCAAGCGCAUGGCAGACAUGCUCUCCGACUUCUUGUACACGAACCGCAUUGCGGCGACAUCUAUUCACGGUGACCGUUCACAACGCGAACGUGAAACCGCUCUGCAGACCUUCCGUACAGGACGCACGCCUGUGCUGGUCGCAACUGCCGUCGCCGCUCGUGGUCUCGAUAUUCCCAAUGUUACGCAUGUCAUCAACUACGAUCUUCCAUCUGACAUUGAUGACUACGUUCAUCGUAUUGGUCGUACCGGCCGUGCGGGUAACACCGGUAUCUCGACCGCAUUCUUCAACCGUGGCAAUCGCAACAUCGUACGUGACCUGCUCGAGUUGUUGAGGGAGGCAAACCAGGACAUUCCUGCAUGGCUUGAGACAGUAGCUUCAGAGUCCGCGUUCGGCGGUGGUGGUAGUGUUCGUGGCCGUGGCCGUGGAGGUGCUCGGGGACGAACUACGACCAACCGCGACGUCCGCUCUGGUGGCGGAGGCUAUGGCGGUGGACGAGGUGGAGCAACCGCCGGAUAUGGAGGCCCGCAAUACGGUGGGUAUGGAGGAGGAUACGGAGGUGGUAACACUGGCAACAGUUGGUGGUAAACACUCACUAUUGACACCCAUGCUUGACUUCAUUGAAGUCUACUUUACGACCCCUAUGACCAUCUCGACGCUCCGUUCCCCUUUCCCUAAUCCUGAAGAAAAGAAGAAACCCCGAAUUUAGCUUCCACGUUCCCAUCGUCUCUCCAGUACUCUCUGCUUUCGAAUCUCUCGGACUAUGCGCUGCUCUCAAUGUCGGUCUUCUCAAGUCUCGUUGCAAUACUGCUCAUGGUUUACUGUAUGGCCCAGUCUAUCUUAUUAUCUCCAUCUCUCGUCUCUGUUUCAAUAACUUUUUAGGGCGCACUUUGCAUUUUUUCCUUUUUCUUUCUCGGAAUACGAUCAUCACAGCGCCCUUCAUUCAAUCCACUUACGGCAAAUGCAUGUUAUCAUAGACGUAGAUGGGCCAACCACCACCCUUUCCCCCCUUCCAUCUUCCGCACGAAUAACCAGAAUGAGCAGACUUUUGUAGUGUCUGUCUUCGUUUCGCGAUACCCUGAUUUAUUGCGACGCGCAGUCGGACAUUUUGGCACUAUAUCCUAGCAUCACGAGACAGUAUUAGAGCAUCGCACAUCUUGUAACGUAGUCUAGCAUCCAUUUUAUCCAUACUCUUUUCCUAUUGUAUUCUCAUACCUAGAAUUGAGCAUUUUUCAGCUCCUUUUUGUGACUUUUUGAGAGAGAAAUUACGAAAGGUAU